AUGGAGAUAACGAAUAAAGAGAACAUUCAAUUAUAUGUUCGGGUUAAGCCUAUCAAGAUAUCCCAGAGAAGAGAUCGAGCAUUUCAGAAGAAGAGAAGGGAAGAAAAUAUUGGCAAUGAUCUUGAUGAUGUUUAUUCAGAACACAGUGAUCCUGAAGAAACCUUACAUGUUUAUGAUAAGAAUAAGAUACUUCUGCGCUCAACGGAGAUCAACAAAUCAUAUCAAUUCAAGAAGGUGUUUGAUCAAGACAGCACUCAGUUAGACGUAUUUGAAAAUACUGCAAUACCUCUCAUCGAUCACUGUCUGCAAGGAUAUCAUGGUGUUUACUUUGUCUAUGGACAAACUGGAACGGGCAAAACUCAUUCUAUGGGAACUAUUGACCUUCUGAACCCAUAUUCUGAAGGAAUUGUUCCUAACACUUUGAAGUACCUCUUUCAAUAUACUGAUGAAAACAGUACGAGGUUCUGCAAAUUCAGGAUUCAUCUCUCGCUCUACCAAGUGUAUAUGGAUCAAGUUCAAGAUUUGUUCAACCCUGAAAAUAAGUCACUAACUGUCAGAGAAGACAAGAACGAUGUGUACAUCGAAGACCUGAUCGAAGUGCAUGUCAAAACCAUGAACCAGGCGAUAACAAUCAUCAAUGCUGGCCUUGCUCAUAGAAAAAUGGGAGCUCAAGGACUCAACAGUUCUUCCAGCAGAAGUCACACUUUAUUAAACAUUGACAUCUAUCAGAACAUGAUAAACAAUGAUCAUGUCCAAAGUGUAUCAUCCCGAUUGACUCUGGUUGAUCUUGCUGGUUCAGAAAGAGUCAGAAAGACAAAAGCUAGUGGGAAAAGACUGAAAGAAGCUCAGAGUAUUAACUCGUCACUGUCUGCACUUGGAAAUGUCAUCCUGAACCUGUCUAAAGGAGAAAAGUUCAUCUCAUUCAGAGAAAGCAAACUCACAAGGAUCUUGCAGAACUCGUUAAAAGGAGAAAGCAUGAUUGCACUCUUAGCGACUGUCAGUAGCAAAGAAGACGAUACACAUGAAACUUUGUCAACUCUUCAGUUUGCGAACAGAUGCAAACAAGUUCUGAUCAACCCUGAGGAUAAUGUUUCAAUUGAACUAUUUAAAAACACUCCAGACAAGUUGAUGAACAGCAAGAUCGAAGAAAUAGAAAGCCAUUAUCAGAAAAGAGAAGUCAUGCUACUCAGUCAGAUUGAAGACUUGGAGAAAAAGAUAUCAACCAUCAGCAACAACUCUCGUUUGAAUCAAGUUGCCAUCAGCUAUGUUGAUCAACAGAGUACAUCAUCUCACUCAAUAGGCUUCAAGCCUGACUUCGACAUUGAAGAAAUCACUAAAGCUCACCCAGAAAUGACCACUCGAAAGUUCAAAGCAACUAUAAAAUAAACAAGAAAGAUACAUAGAAUACCUGAACAAGCUAUUGUUUGAUGUAAUUGAUGAAUCCACUUUCGUCAUUUCUUCGAACUGAAAUUCACCACUUGAAGCAAGAAACCUGAGAAAAUAAAAUUGUUGAAAACCUUGACAACUUCGAGGGCGAAGUUGAACUUGAAAUCGACCAGGAUGAUAUUCUAGAGAUUGAUGACCACAGACACCAGUCUAACGCAUUCAUCUCUAAGACUCAUGAGAACAUCUUGUCCAGGUUCAAGAAUUUAGAUAAAAUUUAUGAAGCUCAGCAAGAGUCCGCUUCAAAGUCACAUUUAGUGCAAGAUCUUAUUGAAGACUUUAUCACUCUUGCCAACAAGAUGAAGCAAACAGAUCUUGCACUCCAGCAAAUUGAGAUCAUGAAAGAAUCAUCUCGAAGGCAAGGCCUUGAACAUAAUCAUAUAGGCAAACUUACAUGUUCCAGAAUAUCUUUGGAGAUGAUUUCAUCUCUAGAAUGAGGUCCAGGAUUGACACUAAGUCAUUUCUUAGUGCAAAAGUGGUUGAUGAUCCAGAACCUGAAGUUCCAGAUGAUCUUGAAAUUUCAAAUGACUCUGACUCACUCAAGAUUAGCCUUGAAAGAGAAUCACAAGAUCUAGUCAAACCCUUAUUUGAUGAGAAAGAGACCCAAACUGAUAUCAAAGG